AUGACUCAAGAGUUGAAUUUUCUCGUACCGCUCCUUGAUCAGAAGUCUCAUGCCGAGUCAGUCAGCCCAGUCCUUUCUUACAUUCCCCAUGUUAUCCACGCUGUACAGUUGGAUAUAACACGCGGACUCCUUGAGGCCGGAGCGACUGGAGCGUCCGUGGAUAUGGCUCUACAUAAAGCUCUCGAUCUACCCAUCUGUGAACGAUACCAUAUGUACAUUGGAGCUCUUGUUCACUGUAGGGCAGAUGUUGGUCAGAAAGAGGGCUCUUUGUGCCACAACGUGGUCCAGGACGGGGACGACACAACUCUCGAGCCAUUACUGGGCGGCACCUACCCGAUCGCUGUUUUAUUCGCCUGUGUUUCCCUUGCUAUGAAGCUUGACGAGAAAUGGCGGUACAAGAUACUACAGAUUCUGCUUGAAAAUGGUGCCAUAGGCGGUCCUGUAAUAGGCCAGGCUUUGGUUGACAGCAUCGGCAAAAUGGACGGCUCACUGGUCCGGGUGACUGAGCUUGGACACUUGAAAAUCCAGCAAGAUUUGAUCACAAUAGGGUAUCAAGAGCGGACGAUGAUCGAAAACAAGAAAUCGUGA